AGAAGACCUGAAGAAUGACAGACUACACAUUGAUAUCUGGGAUCAUGAUGAUGAAGCAUCCAUAAUUGAAGCAGCAAGAAAGUUGAAUGAGGUGUCAGGCAUCAAAGGUGUAGGGAGAUACUUCAAACAAAUCGUGCAGUCUGCUCGGGCAGGGCAGGAUGAUGAUGUGGAUGACUUCCUUGGCUGCAUCGACAUCAAUUUGGCGAGAAUUCCAUCCUCCGGCUGUGACCAAUGGUUUGACCUUGAAGCAAGGUCAAUCAGGUCUAAGGUCCAAGGCAGGCUCAGACUUCAACUUCAACUAGCGACUCAGGAGAGAGACACCCCAUAUAAGGAGGAAGCCAUAAGGGUUCAUCAGGACCUGUAUAACCUAUUUGUGGAACAUGAAGCCAGAACACAUUCGGACCACGUUUUUGACAAGUGGGAUGGGAACUUGAGUCAACCGGCUCAGACUAUUCUUCACCAGCACUUCAUUCAACAGGAGCUGACUCCACUGGAUGAAGCUAUUGUCCGUUGGAGAGCCUACAGUAAGCAGCACCUGCAGUACGCCUUUGACUACGAGUUUCUGUACAAACUCCUACACGAGCUGCACAACAGCUGGCAGCCUGACGGGCUCACCAGAGAGGAGGAGCAGGAUCUGGCCGAUUCAUUUGCAGACUUCAUAGAGCUGUGCAUGUCUCUCCUUGAUCAGCACAGAGGCCUGUUUCCUCCCAACAACAGACAGGCCAUAUACAAGCUGGACUACAUACUCAGGUGCUUACAGUUGAUAGACGACAUGCCAGCCUACAGUAAGGUCUGCCCCUUCCAUGCUCCCAUGCGCAGAGAGAUCAUCAAAGUCAUCAAGCAAGGUACAAAGGACUGGUACCUGAAAGUCAGAGCAAUCACAAAGCCCACAACCCAUUCCGAUGAGGAGGUCCUACAGUCCAUGGUCAAGCUGACCAAUGAGAUCAACACAGACAUACAGAAGGCCCUCAAGUAUUACAACAAGUUGUUUCUUAGUGUUGUGAAUGUGGACUACUUCACUGUUGCAUACAAACAGCUGGAAGCUCUGUUGUACAAGGACAUGAACACAGGUAUGGAGGACAUCAAUGUGACCCUCCAGGCUGAACACUCGCCCUCCGCAUCAGACCAUGAUGACGUCACCAUCAGUACAUCAUUGUUUGAACUCUACUUGGCUCUCAAAGAGUUCCAUGCCUUCAAGGAAUCCCUUCCAGUCAGUGAGAAGAGUGAACUACACAUGGACAGUUACCAUGUGUGGUUUGACCCGGCGAUCAAGAGAUGGUUCAGCCUGGCACGGCACAAGGCCUUCAGACGGCUGGAGAAGGCUGUGGAAUUGGACAAGGUUGAGCUUGUGCACUCGAUGGUGAAACACAGUACAUCAGCAGUUGAUGCCACCUGCUGCUUUGGACAGAUUCGUGAGUUCUACAGGCAGUUGGACUGGCCAGACCCAGUGGGGGCCUACACCUUUGUGACGCUGGUGAUGGAGGAUAUCUGCAGUGGAGCCAGGUACUACGCAGAGCUCAUGCACAAGAAGCUGAAGGCUGCAGGCUACUUUGACGAUGAGGGGCAGUUUGAUAUCACAGACCAGCUCUGCAUAACACUGAACAACAUCGAGCAUGUCAAGAGGUCGUUGACCUCUCUCCCAGAAUCCCUUGGGUUUGCGGACAUCGAGAGGUCCAUGCAGAAGGUUUACGGGGAGGUCGGAGGUCAACAGUCGCACAGAACGCUGGUCAACAUGAUGGAGUCAGCCAAUGAUGACAUGUCAAAUAAAGUCGCUGAUGUCGUGAUUGUAGUUGGCAAGAAAAUGGAACCAGAUAUCAAGAAGUUUGUGUUCCACCUCGCCUGGGCACCUGACUCUGCUCGGACAGAUGAUGCCAUCUGUCCUUUGAUGGAGUACUUGGACAACAACUUGAAGACCUUGAACAUGAGUCUGCUCAGAGCAAAUUUUGACAAAAUCCUUGAUGAGAUUUGGAACGUGGUUCUGAGAGAGCUGAAGGAGACGUUAGACGGGAACCUGGGGAAAGAGUCUCCGUUCUACUGCCGCCUGCAUGAAGCUCUGGACAUCCUGGAGGACCUGUUCCACGCAGACGGGGAGGGGCUGGACGACGAGGCCAUACAAACAGACGACUACAAGUACCUGCGUGAAACACUGACUCUACAGAAGGCAACUACAGACGAGCUCAUUGAGCAGUUCUUCCUGGAGAAACCUCAGCAACAGAAAGAAGAAACUGUUGUGAACUAUGGGACGCUCAGUGUCAAAGUGUACUACGACAACUCUGACUCUUCUCUACAUAUCGAAGUCAUGAGUGGCAAGGAUUUGCCUGCCUUGGACACAAAUGGCUACAGUGACCCCUUCGUGCUGAUAGAGCUGUGCCCAUCCCACCACUUCCCUUCCUGUGCAAUAGAGAAAACCUCCAUCAAGAAGAAGACACUGAACCCACUCUUUGACGAGACCUUCAAAUUUCCAGUAGCAGUGUCCCAGCUGAAGCAGACUGGAGCCUGUGUUCUCUUCACCGUGAUGGACCACGACGUCCUGGCCAGGGAUGACGUAGCGGGGGAGGUCUUCCUGCCCCUGGCAGACGUGUACGGCCAGGAUCGACCCUCCAUACCGGAGGGUUUCCGCGCCGUCAAGCAGAACACUGUCCUACUCAUCAGGCCAGAGCCUCCCAAAUCUGGUCCUUUGGGUGUCCUGGAGACAAGAACAUGGGACAAGACAGCUCAAGACUUCUACAAAAAGAGAAGAGCCCUGGCACUACAGUGUGGAUAGAGACGUAGACACAAGUUAAAACUAUCUUUUAAAGAAAAUUCUCUUAGUAGUAGUAGUGGUAGUAAACUGUGAGCUUUGAACUACUCUACUUACCGCCUCAUGUACCCCACAAUAUUAGAAAAAGACAUUCACUUUGACAAAGCACAAUUAUAAAAUGAUAAAGCCAUCUGAACACAGGAGAACUACACUGAAUGCUAAGACCAGAGAUGCAAUAAAGAGCCCUGCCCUAUCCUUCCUUGGAGUGUGACUCAGAAAGGAAAAUAAAUUUAAAGUAAAAAAAGAGAAAACGAUAUCAGUUAAACCAGUCAAGAUGAAUGCUACAUGUACCUGUAAGUCUGGGGAGGUUGGAAAAUGGGCGUCCAUCCCUGCGAGAAGGGACACCUGUUAAUGUCUAGGAAGCCCCUUGUUUAGCUGACAAUUAUCAUUAUGGUUUCAAAGAUCUUUUCCACUAAUUUUGGGUCACUUUCGAUUGAUGAUGUUAUACAAUGCCGUAAGUUGUUCUACAAGUAAAAAAAACACAAAAGUAUGAUAUAUUAUAGGAUAGUGGAAAAUUACAACUGCUAAUUGACUUAACAGACUUUUCAUUUAAUCUUGUCGCAGCAAAAUCUACCCUUCAAUGAAAGUGGUUCUGAUUGGUGAUCCAGGUUGUUUUCAUCUGCCUAAAUGGAAAAGUGACCAAUCACAUUCAAAAUCAGAGUAAAGGGUCAUGGCACUUCUGAAAAAUCUUAUAGAGGAACCUUUUUUCAUUGAUACAUGUAGUUUGCUUCAUUAUCUGCUACUGGCUUCCAAGUUGAAGACAGUACAUAUCAACCCCAGGUUCCUUUAAUAACAAGCAGUAAAAAAUCUUAAAAGAAUCUAAAAGUCAAAACUUUAUUAGAAAGAUUUUCUCCAAUGGUCUCCACAUUUUGUGGUUCCCACCUUUGAUUUAGAGUCAGAAGAAUUUGGAUUGUGUAAAUUGUGAAGAUCUACUAAUAUUUUGUACAUGGUUAUAAUAAAUGUAUCUGUCCAGAGAUGUAUAUUCUGAGUUUGAAAAGUGUUAUCAACAAAUGUAUCAAGCCAUGGCCAAGCGAAUGAUAACAAGAUAAAUGUAUUUUAAGGUGAGUUGUACCAAGUCAUGUAUCGUCUGUGAACUGAUGCAUCUCUGUUAACGUCAACCUAUUCCAGCUCUUUUCACUCCUCCCUUUCUUUUCCAGGCAGGAAAGUCUGGCAUGAUUAGCAUUUGAAUAUUCCCUAAAAUAUAAGCGAGAGUUCUGAUUGGCUCCGAGUCAUGUGGUACUCUUUACUGCCAUGGAAACAGGGUUCAAACAGACAUUCUCACGUUUGAUCCACUUAACAAUGCUUUUAAGAAAUAUUUGAUUCCUGAAAUAGUGCAGGAACUAGAAACGUAACAUUUGCAAAGCAAAUUUGCCAAAAUGUAAUUUGCAAAGCAAAUGUUUCCCUUCACUACUGCUUUGUUUAUUCUUACU